CGUCCAUACCCAUGAAUGAUCUCAUUCUCACCUUUUGACUCAGGUUUCGAUAUGGUUAAUAUCUUUGCGCUACUUUCGUAGCAUUAUUGAUGCGAUAUAGUACAAUUUAAUGAAUUUUAUAUCUGGUUAAUCGAUUCCGAUGACGGAAUCGGGGCGAAUCAAGGAUGAAGAAGACGAAGACAGUUUAGUGAAUCGCAACGCAAUGCAAUCAAGGUCGGUGACUGUCAACAUGGAAUUACAAAGCGUCAUCCGUUAUCAUACUUGUCGUCUUCGGUCGCAUUUAACAUAAUUGCCACGUAUAUGCUCGUAAACUUGUAACUGCUAGUAGCUGCAAUCAUGUCGAGUAAUGCCGAGCAGAGUAUCGCACCGCCACCAAAUAAAAAGCUGAUGAUCUGCGCAAACGUGUCGGAGCAAGCACAUCACAUAUCCAGAGCUAAACGAGGACAAGCUAUAGGCAGUAUUCGUGGUUUUCGAGGUUGCACGGUAUGGCUAACUGGUUUCUCUGGCGCUGGCAAGACCUCCAUCUCAUUUCAAAUGGAAGCGAUUUUGGUGAAUCAUGGUAUUCCUGCUUACGGCCUAGAUGGCGAUAAUGUUAGAAGUGGUCUAAAUCGUAAUCUAACUUUUAGCAAGCAAGAUAGAAAAGAAAAUAUUAGAAGAGUGGCUGAAGUAGCAAAACUCUUCGCUGACAGUGGACAAAUAUGUCUCUGCAGCUUCGUGUCACCUUUUGAAGAAGAUAGACAGAUGGCAAGGCAGAUUCAUAAAGAAGCUGACUUGCCCUUCUUCGAAAUAUUUGUAGAUACACCCUUGCAAAUUUGUGAAGCUCGCGACACUAAAGGCCUUUACAAGAAAGCGCGGCAGGGUACCAUUAAAGGUUUCACCGGCAUUGAUCAAAUGUACGAGAGACCCACGAAACCUGAUUUAAUUGUAAAAACCGAGAAUUGCACUCCUGAGGAGUCUGCUUCGACUGUAAUUGAGCUUUUAGAGAAGCACCGCAUUAUUCCGCCAUUUGCAAAAUCAUCAGAUCUAAUCAAAGAGCUCUUUGUUUCGGAUUCUAAGCUUGCUUCUGCGAAAAUGGAAGCAGAAACUCUACAGUGUGUGGAGAUUAAUGAACUCGACGUGCAAUGGCUGCAAGUUUUAGCAGAAGGAUGGGCGACACCAUUAACAGGUUUUAUGAGAGAACAUCAAUACCUUCAGGCUCAACAUUUGCGGUGUUUGCUCGAAGAUGGCAAAGAAGUGAAUCAAUCGGUGCCAAUUGUUCUUGCAAUAAGUACAAUUGAUAAGAACCGUUUGGAAAAUUCUCUUGCUGUAACCUUAAGGCACAAACAGAAAGCUUUGGCCAUCCUACGAAGACCAGAAUUUUAUUUCCAUCGAAAAGAGGAGCGUUGCAGUUGGCAGUUUGGCACUAAUAACUUAGGUCAUCCCUAUGUCAGGAUGAUUUAUGAUUCCGGCGAUUGGUUGAUGGGUGGCGACCUCGAAGUGUUGGAGAGGAUCAAAUGGUAUGACGGACUCGACAAAUACAGACUCACGCCAAAUGAGAUACGUGCCAGAUGUCGAAAAAUGAAAGCUGACGCAGUAUUUGCUUUCCAGCUAAGAAACCCCAUUCACAAUGGUCAUGCGCUUCUUAUGCAGGAUACAAAAAGACUAUUGUUGGAGGAGCGUGGUUUCAAAAAUCCUGUGCUGCUGCUUCAUCCGCUAGGUGGCUGGACAAAAGAAGACGAUGUAUCCUUAUACACCAGAAUCCUGCAGCAUAAGGCCAUUCUAGACGAGGGUGUGCUGGAUGCUAAUUCUACGUUACUAGCUAUCUUUCCCAGCCCGAUGAUGUAUGCUGGACCGAUUGAGGUGCAAUGGCACGCAAAGGCUAGGAUGAACGCUGGCGCCAAUUUUUACAUCGUAGGUAGGGAUCCUGCAGGUAUACCACAUCCAAACAAAGAUGCCACGCCUGACGGCAAUUUGUAUGAUCCCACUCAUGGCGCCAGAGUACUCUCCAUAGCCCGAGGUCUUCAUAAUCUCGAGAUCAUUCCAUUUAAAGUGGCCGCUUAUGAUACACGGAAUGGUAAGAUGACAUUCUUCGAACCUGAGCGAAAGCAAGAUUUUGAGUUUAUUUCGGGAACAAAGAUGCGAGGAUUAGCAGAGACAGGCCAGAAUCCUCCGGAUGGUUUCAUGGCACCUAAAGCAUGGCAAGUACUUGUGCAAUACUAUCAAAAUUUAGACAAAAAUUAAAAUUUGAAUUCUAAUGAGUU